AUGAAGGCCAUGCUGAAAUCUAUUUUAGAAGGAGGAGUUUCCGGUCUUUCAUUCUUUCUUUCCGCCGUACCCGCCAUCUUGCGAGCUACCGGGGGUAAGAUGUGUUCCGCUUUUAAAGACUGUAAAAUCAUAAAACGUCGUUUUAAAUGCAUAUAAAGACAUUGACAUAAGUAGGUUAAAACAUACUCUAUAUUUGAGGCGAGAAUUCAUCCAUGAAAGACCGUCUGUGUAGCAUAUAGUGAGACGAUUUGUGAAUGGGGUAACAGCGUGGCUUCCCAUGCGGGCCCUAACCACUGCUGCGUUCGCAGGAUUUGCCUAUUUCUUAGGCACAAUGGCAUACACAGCCAGCAAAUUUGACAUCUAAAAUAACUUAACUUUGUUGCAACGUGACAGUUAACUUAAUUGUCAGUCUGAGAAAAGGAAGCGGUAUUGGACUGAGUUUGCGAGCUAAGUAACUUGUUUUGUGGCAAGUUGUAUUUUUGACUGACGUUUCCAUGUUUUGAAUGUCCCCUUAUUGUUAAUACUGGGAUGGAUCUUACAAUAAUCACUAGCUAUGAUUCGGAGAACAUUUAUUUUCUUUGCAGUGAAGUUAGCCUGAAGUUAGCCUGUCUGUUGUGAUAAAGUUAACGUUAAAAUGACCAGGGUAUUGUUGGUAAUUUAGUUACAUAGCAUAGAUACAUAGGGGGUUAAAUUAAGUUUUUGUAUCUGACAGCAUUACAUCCUUUGACUGUACUAAAUCCCAGUAUACAUAAUCCUAGACCACUCUUGUAACCAUACUUUUUACAGCCACAGUAAUACAGUAUUCAUACUUUGCCAUUGGGUUUAUCAAACAUUUGAAUGUCCAUGUUCCAGUAAUCAGUCAUCAUGACGAACACAAGAGGCAAGAGGAGGGGGACGAGGUACAUGUUCAGCAGGGCCUUCCGCAAGCAUGGUGAGUUCAUUUCAGAAAGACUGAAGAUAUACUGUAAUGUCUUGUUAGGUCACUAACAAUUCUGAGUUAUUUAAAAUCAAGAACUCAAGAUUAGGGGUGUUGCUGGCAUGAAUCCACAGCUGAGUAGCCUUCAUUAGUUACUCAAGUCCAUUUUAGAAUUGUUGUUUUGGUUGGUUGUGAAUAAUCAAUAUACUUUGUUCCUCAGGCCCCAUUCCCCUGUCCACAUACAUGCGUAUCUACAGGAAGGGAGAUAUCGUUGACAUCAAGGUGGGGUUUGUUCCACCUUUUCUAGGUUUCACUAACCAGGUUUCAAUUUAUCAAUUUUAUGCGGAUGAAUUACCUGACGCAUGAAAGUCACCACUGGGCUGACACCGGAACAAUUUUAUAAAUGCAGAGACAAUUUGUUCGUUCUAUAUGGUGGGAUCUUUUUGUGUCUAAAAUAAAUUGUGAGAAAUGGCAGUGGAAAUGCCUUUAUGCACAACUAUUGAUUUAACUUUAUUAUCAAAGUAAAUUUGGAGUCACGCGAUGAUAUGGUGUGGUUGGUCCUCCCACUACGACUCGGAAACCAUGCAAUUUAUUAGGUUACAGAUUUAAAUAAGUUAUGAUGAACUUCACAGGGUGGUGAAUGUGCAAGGUGAUGAGCUUGAUGCUUCUGCCCAAUAAAUAUUGAGGGUCUUAUUCUGGUGACAUGAUGAUUGAUGCUUGGCUGCUGUUUGACAAAUAAAAGUAAUAUCGCUCUUAUCCAUAAUAAUCUCAUAAUGUAGGUAGCCUACCUGCACUGUGUCUGCUAGCUGUUGGUUAAAGCCAGAGUGGGCACAUUUGCUAUAUAACACAACAGGUUGUGACAAAUCCAUCAGAGUUGAAAAUGUGAUGGAAACCCAUUUAACUUGUAUUUUUCAUUCGGUACAUGGGAAUUUAACGGCAAGUUAUUUUUAUGUGCACUACAUCAUCACGCACAGCCAUUUAUCUACAAAAAGUCAGUGCUGAAAAUGCGUAUUGUGUUAUGCAGACUUGUAAAUAUUCGCAUGAACAUCGGUUGGCAAAUUGGAUGGAAACGUAGCUAUUGGUAGUGAGUGCAGCGUAACUACAUUUAUAUUUUGGACUUCACCAAAAUGCAACUCUAAGAUUGUGAAUGUCUCUCCUCUAGGGUACAGGUACCAUCCAGAAAGGAAUGCCUCACAAGUGCUACCAUGGCAAGACGGGCAGAGUCUACAACGUAACCCAACAUGCUGUUGGCAUCAUUGUCAACAAGCAGGUCAAGUAAGUACAAGGCAAUGUGUGGCGGAUUGGAAAAUGGUCAGUAUCGGUUUCCUUUCCAGCUUGUUCAUGUUGAAGCGCUUUAAUAAAUGAAAUGAAUGUGCCCUGCCAAUAUCUCUGUAAAGGAAGGUUGACGUUGCAGAUGUCUGAUUGUCGCCUGUCUCAAAACCCCAUCUUCACUUUGCCGCCUGGACUGGCCUAUGUCCUAAGUGGUCAUUCACGUGGGGGACAGUAUUUGUACUUCAGCACCCCAGCCAAGCACCUACCGUAUGUUUGAACUUGGGUUGUUGAAGGAGACACAUCAACAACAAAAAAAUCACAAUUACAGGUCAUGGCAUAACAAGUAUUUCGCCAUUUGGAAGUGUAAUGUUUUCUGAUAAGUCAGGAUCUCAAUUACGUUGCUUACAUCCAUCUUGUGACCAGUAGCCUUUUGUAUGUUGUGAAGACCAUGUCCCUGAUUGUUUCCAAGCUGAAAACGGUCUCCCCUUCUCUCUGUAGGGGUAAGAUCCUGGCCAAGAGGAUCAACGUGCGUAUUGAGCAUGUAAAGCACUCUAAGAGCAGAGACAGCUUCCUGCAGCGUGUCAAGGAGAAUGAGAAGAGGAAGGUGGAGGCCAAGCAGAAGGGCACCUGGGUCGAGCUGAAACGCCAGGUAUGGAGAGCAGAUUUACCUGGGCCAUUGUCAGUAGUGUUUUAAUGCGCUGCUAACUAAUAAAGGGCUGUACAUCCUGUAGCUCUCUAGGACCAGUCUUGUUAGUCACUAUUCUACAUAAUUGAACAGUCCAGAUAGAUUGAAGAUAUAGAAAGGACACCAACACUGAUAUAGUGGAAUGUUUUGAUUGUUUGAGGCGUUCUGUAAUGGUAAUUCUGCCAUGCCAUUAUUUCUAAUACAGUCCUUUGAAUUGUGCACCCACAUGUAAAAUGUAUGCACGCAUGACUGUAAGUCGCUUCGGAUAAAAGCGCCUGCUAAAUGGCAGGUUAUUAUUAUUAUUUGUAGUGACAUCUCAUCUGUGCAUUUGUCCUUUCUUCUUCAUCUCCCCUGCAGCCCACUGCUCCCCGUGACGCCCGCUUUGUCAGCACCAAGGGCAACGAGCCCCAGCUGCUGGAGCCCAUCCCCUAUGAGUUCAUGGCAUAACUAUGCUGACCAAAAUAAAACUGUUUCUACACAGA